AACCUCGUAGGUGCAGAUCACAAGUCAGUAGCCGGGGUCCCAGAUCGGUAUACAAAAUAACCACGAAAACCUGAAAAUGCCAACACAUUUUGGACCGCGACUGGGAAGGCUGCGCUCUUUUCCCAUUCGCAAAAAGGCAAAAUUGCAUAAGAUGGCCGGUACAGCGGCUUCGAUAGCAACUGCAGCCAGCAAGUCAGGGGACAUCACUUGGGUAUGCUCACAGGGGCGCGGAAAUAGGGGGAUCCUGAAAUGGGUGGGUGAAGAUCAAGGGGUAGUGAAUUCUGUGAAAAAAGGCUACUCCUGAUGGCAACUUAAGCAACUUCUUCAGACCUUUGUGCAUAUUUUCAAUUGGAAAACUAAGCCAAGAAUGUAGAUAUUAUCAUUAAGUCCUUUAUCCCUUUUUCUAAAUGUAUGCACGCACGAAAAACAUAUGUCUUUGGAAUGCAUAGAAAGCACUCGAGCAUUGAGUUGCAUCAUAAAAUUGUAUACCCAUAUUUCAAUGAAUAAAAUUAUCAUUACCAUCCAGGCAUUGGCGAUCUCUUUGCCUUGUAAAGUGCUAUGAACCAUCGGCAAGCCAUGAGUUGGCAGCUUGACCAAAGGGCGGCCAGGUGAGCCGGACUUUUAGUUCAGCUAACUGCGAAAGCGCUUGUGCCGCAAGUGGCAAUAUCAAGUCCAAAACUUACAUAAUCGGCCAGAAACGAGCGGCGUCGGUCGCCACUGCCGGUUAUCCAAUGAAAAGCAAAGAUCAGGGAUCUUUUUGCAGCCAUGACGCUGGAAAAUGCAUGUACAUAUAUCUGCGGUAUAGUUUUCCUCCUCGGGGCACGCGACACCUAGGAAAUGGCAGUCACAUGACAACUGAGUUUUGCCACGGCAGACAAACAGAUAUCUUCGAGUACCAGCACUCGUCAGUCGCCGAGAAAUCUUAUAAAAUCGAUCAAAAUAUGAUUUUAUACAAAGGCACUUUAAAAAACUAUAUAUUUAGCAUAAUACGAAUGUGCGAAAAUUGUAUUAAAACCCAUCUAAGAAACCACACAAAUUGAUUGCCAUUGUGUAGGCAAAUCUGUAAAUCCAUUAGAUCUUGGUUCGUCUUACGGGCGUAUGACUGUAAUAUAAAGCCCCGUCAGCUGACUUGGUCAACAAGUUGUCCCGCUCCAGAAAGUGAAAAGCGGUCAUUUAGGCGUGGACUGGAUGCGGGAUUGUGCAUGGGGGACUAUGCGUGUGUGUGCGUGACAGGCGGAAACGUGUAUAUGCACUCGACAGUUAUGUGCCUCCAGCCCGGUCGCUUCAUCUGGUCAGCGUUCAUUGUGACGGUGGUGGCUUUAUCCGUAACGAUUGAAGCCAGGCCCCAGAGGAAUCUGCAGCACAUCGCCGUGGUGGAGAAUGCCGCCUGGGAAAAGACCCUUCCGCAGCAGUUCCAGAACCCGUUCUACAAUACCCCAAGGGUAAGGGAUGCUCUGGCCAGAUCGAGUUGGUUUGGACCCGGUGAGGAUGUGGUAUAUGACCGCCAGGCUGAAAAAAUUCCCCGCAUGGAAAUCUACAAUGUGUUGUCUCAUGCUGGUUUGAUACCACGACGCCGUUUCCUUUAAAUUGUGAAUAUUUCCAUAUCACGUAUCUGCUAUAAAAUUAUGAAAAUAAAAAUCAGUCAUUAGUUUAGAAAACAUGAGUGGUAUGAUUUUG